AAGGAGCUGACUCUAUACCAAAGAACGCCUUUAUGCAAUUUGGCGGUGGAAUGAGAAUCUGUCCGGGUCGAAUAUGGGCCGUACUACAGAUAAAAGCAUUGCUGAUUUCAUUGUAUAGAAAGUACGAGAUAGAAUUAGCUGACAAGAAUGCACCCUUGAAGCAUGUGUAUACCAUAGUUAAUCACGUUUACGAUUUGAAUAUUAAAGUUACUCCAAAGGUU